UAGGAGGCUAUUUGUACAAACAAAAACCUGUUAAGAGAACGAUUCUUUAUAAGGAGUAACGCCAUUCAAGUAAAUAUUACAUAAUACAAAGAAGCUGCAGUUUGAAACAUCUUUAAGCGUGUAACUCUAUCUUGAUUCAAGUUUCAACGACGCUACUUUGUGUCACUCAACUCUUUUUCUUUUUUUUCAAUAUGAAUAUUUUACACCAUAAAAGUUGGCAUGUUUAUAACAAAGCAAAUAUUGAGAAAGUUCGUCAAGAUGAAGCUAAGGCAGAAGAAGAAGCUAAAAAGAAACAUGAUCGAGUUGUAUUAGCAGAAAGUGAAGCAAGGCUCGAACUGUUAAGACAAAGAGCUAAUGUCAACUUGCCAGUGGAAACAAAACCAUCAUCAGUAGUUCAACAUGUCAAUCUAUUUCAAGAUCUUGAAGAUAAAGCAACGAAUGAGGAAUAUGAAGCAGAAAAGAAAACCAAACAAGACAAACAAGAAAAGCAAUUUACCAUGUACCUUGAUAAAGGAACAAGCCAACAGGAUCGUCCUUGGUAUGCUCGAUCAGAUAAAAAAGAAGACAAAUAUAAGGAUCAAUAUGUAUUCAAAAGCAACAGAGACGAUAGCAAGAAACGUAAAAGAGAAGCCAUUAAAGUGAUGGAAGACCCUUUAGAAUACAUUACAAAAUCACUCAAGAAAAAGAAGCAUAAAAAAGAGUCUAAACAUCAUCGUCAUAAAGAAAAAGAGCACAAGAGUUCUAUAGAAGAACUUCGAGCUAAAAGAUUAGAAAGAGAAAAAGCUGAACAGGCUAGAGCAAAAAGCUUAUUUUUAGGCCAUAAUCCCAUAGAAGAAGAGAUGGACGAUAGAACAAGGGCUUAUAAUUCACAGUUCAACCGUAUUGAAACACUUCAAGCAAAGCAAAAACAUAAAAAAUAAAGUGACUU